CAACUCGGCGCCAUUUUUCAAAAAUAAUGCAAACUGUACUUUUUCAUUUUAAAUACCUUAAAAAAAUAACUGGAAAUUGCUUUCUGAAGCGCAAUCUUUUGCAAUUUUAUAAAGAAAAUGAUUGAAACUGUCCGGCAACGACAACAGAAUGCCGUUGACUUCAAGAGUUGUUACGAAAAUCUCUGUGCUUUACAAGGUUGUUGUCCGUUGAGUGUCGUUACAGCCAACUUGGGAGACGAAACUGUCGACUGUAAUGCAGAUAGAAUUCCGCUGCAAGACUGGAAUCCAAUUCUUAACGCAACUAGGAUAAAUAAACACUUAAAGGUUAUCGCUUUGAGAAGUUACUGGCAAGAGAAAGUUAACACUGGACAAUCAGGUAUUUGUUGCCAGUCCAUCCUGACAAUAAAACAGAUUUAACAGAGUCUGUUUUAUAUAAAAAGAAUUUAAUACGCUAUUACAUAAUAAACAAUUAUUGGAUGAGGCUGAGCAUGAUAUCAAGAAUUAUUCAGACCCAGUUCAAUGUUAUAUCUGCCGAAGCGAAGCUGAGGCGGAUAUUAACAUCGACUGAGGUCUGAAUAAUUCUUGAUGUCAUGCGAAAGCCGAAUCCAAUAAAACGAUUAAACAAAGUUUAUUAAUGUUUCAAGUAUAUUUAUUUUCGCGUGCUUUUGGGUUUGAGUUCUUGGCCAUGCUGGGGCUUGGGCAAGACAGCGUCCAAUAUUUUUUUUUGGAUGCAAGUUCAAUUCAAACAAACUAUUAUUGGAUGCCGAGUACGUCAGCAGCUGAAAUUAUGUAAUAAGUACCGAAUAUUGAGAAUUAUCCGACUGGUGUGCUCUGACCAAUCAGGAACGAGAAUACAUACUAAAUGUAUAAUAAUGAAUAUUUAAUCUGAUCCGAUAAAUGUGUUUUCAUUUGGAGUUGACCACCAAGCGUUAAACUUAUCACGUGACUGAAACCCAGCUAUAGAGACCAUGCGGCAAAAAAAAGUGUGAUGAUCCCCACCGCGCCAUGAUUCGCAACGAUUUGUCAUCAAAAUGCACUCGUCAUUUUCCUAGCUAGGCUCAGAUCCCAGCCGUUAAGGCCCAUUUACACGAUACGAUUAGUUGUAUACGAUUCUUACUCUGGCGUAUGUGAUCGAAUAAACACGCGUACAAACGUCACAUUUCAAAUUUCGCCAUCAGCGAAUGAGCAAUAACGUGGCAUUAGCACUCGUUUUCAUUCGUCAGAAUGACAAUCGUAUACAACUAAUCGUAUCGUGUAAAUGGGCCUUUAGGGUUCUCAGCACUCGCUGUGCAAUCUCGUACCCAGAUGGCUCUGGGUACGAGAUUGCUCGCUGUGAGUCUAUUUCCUAGCCAGUGUGCUUAUGAGAAGCAUUCACCCCCCUGAACAUCUACAAAUUUUGAAUAUUUUCAGGGGGUGAAUGCCUUUCGUAAGUGCACUGGCUAGGAACAUGGCAACAGCAUUGCAACAGUUACGCCAAAAUUAUAGGCGAAACCAAGAACCAAGUCGGUGUUCUGUAUGGUCUAUUUGGUGAUUUCCUGAUGUAGGCUAUUCCUGACCUGCGAAUAGGUGUAGGAUGACAAUUGGUCAGGGACUUUGUUUCAAUGUCACUGUGAUCAGGGUUAGGGUGCAGGCAACAGACAUAUGCCAACUCUGCCAAUUUCUGUGAGACAUUUCCAUUUUUGUACUGCAGCUGAGCAAAUAAAUGUAAUUGUAAUGUUUUUUAAUUUAAUUAAUACUGUAAUUUUCUCACCUGCACUUGACUUUGAAUUUAAUAUACGGUAUCUUUUUAAGUUUUCUUUUUCUGGUAAAAAAUGUAAUGAUACCCUGCGAGCAAAGUCCUCUCGUAUUUCUUCUCGAUAUGGCACGGAGAAGAAAAACGAGAGGACUUAGCUCGCAGAGUAACGCAUUGAUUGCCCAUUUUAAAGUAACUGUACAGACAAUGUAGACCACUGAAAUUUAGAAACAGCAAAGGGAUCCAAACUCGAAUGGUCCCUGCCAGCAUAGGUAGUGACAAUAAUACCAGAAAGCUGCAUCUCCAUACAGUAGUUGUCAUAGAGAUUGUCGUAUUAUGUCUCCCUCUUUGCUUACUUUAAAUGUCAGCAUAUCUGGGGCAACUGGUUCAGGUUUUAUUGUCUGGAGUGACUGCUGGCUAUUGGAAAGAACCAAUCAAGUUCAUUCACACUCUGACAAACAGCUAAAGCUCUAGGUUUUCCAUCAGAAAACAGGUCAAAUAACAGCUGUGUAUAAAGAAACACAAUCAUUUAUACAGAAUAUCAGAACAAUCAUUUGUACAAGCAGGGUUUAUUUUAACGUGCAGUUCUACACAAAAUGUGCAGUUCUAAACCCAUUUGUGCAGUUCUUAAAACACAAAUGUGCAGUCAUCAGCCAAACUAACAAAAAUAACCUUAAUUAAAACAGUCUUCUCGUUUACUUGUUACCCUUGUGGAUGCUCCAGAAAAUUCCAGAAAUGCUGUCAUUAAUUGAGCAUCAAAAAUAUAAACGUUUUCUGGGAGGGGACUCCAGACGCUCCUAUUUUUCUCACAAAUCACUUACGUGCUGGGGAGGUAAAAUUGGGGUGAGUGAAGCUACCCAAAAGAGAUUAGAGUUAUAUAUUGAAUAUCCAUGAUUCCCAGUUACAUGUUUUGAAACAGUUUUUGUGAGUGGUUGGGUAAAACAAAUCUUUGCCAGAACUUAAGAGCCUCUAGAUUCAAAUUGUUUUCGGGAACACACCCUAGUUCCCGCACCCAAAAUCGAGUUUGUCUGGCCUUUCUCCCACCCAACCACACCAUUAUUCUGUCAUCUAUAUGCAGGUAAAAAAUCCUUCGACCCCCCAGUCAAACACCCAUUGCCUUCGUAACAUCCGUAUAUGUGCAGUUCUAAAUUUUUCUUAAAAUAAACCCUGUGUACAAGUUAAUUCCUGGAGCCCGCCCCUCUCUGUUAAGCCCCCUCCUACCUCUAAUGUCAAUGAACCUCCUUAAAGGUGCUUGAAACGACAAAUCAACCAAAGACGAAAUUGAGAGGGUAUAGCGGUAUACAUUUUGCAGGAGCGAUUCCGGAGUGAUUGGAGAAAGUUCAAUUGCGGCCAAAAUUACUGUAAUUUAUUAUUUGAAAAAUCUGUUUGCUACACUUAAUUCAGGUCUCAAAGUCUAAAAUAAGAUUAUUCUGCAGGCACGUUGUGAAGUAAAUUGUGAAUUUUGCUCGCAUGGUCUAAACAUAUUAAUUAUCCCUGUCUGACCAACAUUGACUGUAUUCGACAACACCCUAUACCCCUCCACCAAAAUGCGUUCACAUAAAAUAUUUAGUCUUUUCACGAGUCACUCCAUAGACAAGAGAAAGACUAACAACACAAUUUCUUUUGUUACAGUAUAACAUUACGAAAUGUUUAUACAUGUAUACGGAUUAUUUUUUGCACAUGAUAGGCUGCAAACUUCGCGCGGAUUUUUUCCCCCAUUUUCACGAUACCAGAUUCGCUUGUCACGACGUCAAAUUUAAAUAAAGGUUUCAUGAAUAUCUUCACACUUAAAAUUGCGAUAAUGAUUAAUUGAUUAUGGCAAUGAAUAAAAAUAAAAUGAAAACUGCUAAAGGGGCAAAUUUCGUAAAAGAGAAUCCAUCGUGGAAACGUUUUCACGGAAGUUCAGUCAAAUUUAUAGGAAUUUUCAAAACGCCGUAGCUUGCGCCCUGAAUGUCCAAACAACGUUGAAAAUUUCGGUAUAGACUAAUUUGAACAUAAAUAUUUCAAUUAUUUGGUCCAUUUCUGCCAAAUAGGAAGACGGAAAAUCGAUAACGCGAACUCCCUGACGCGAGAAUAUAAGGCGAGUUACCGUCCCAGAGUAUGCCUAGUAAUCUUUAUGCUGGAUUUUUCUAGAUUGAAUUUUUAUAACCUUCUAUAUUUCUGCAGACUAAAAAAAAAUAAAAAGGCAUGCCGCGUAUUAAUCGGUGUGUUAGCUGGCAAAUAUUGCCCUAAAGCACACCCUAAAAAUAAUAGAUUUCGUUGUUUGUGAUAGGAUUUCAAAAUAUAUAUACUGACUCAUACAUUAUUUAGAAUUUGUCAGUGGUUUGACUACAUGUCGUAAAAAGACACCGCCAAUUAGAUCAAAAGAUGUCACAUAUAAAUUAUGUCGGUAAGUAGGUGUGUGUGUUGCACUAAGAAGUCACGUGAUCCCAAUUGUCAUUAAAUAUAACAGCUAUGGAAUGUUUGCCUACAAAAAGGGACGAAUGGGCUCUAUUUACGAUACAUCUGCAAUAUACCUAACUGUACUUAUACUCAUAUGCAAUAUACCUUACUGUAAGUUAUGGUUUAUUAUAAUACAUAUGAUAUAUAGGAUGUGCGUAUACUACUUAACAUUAAAUCAUAUUUUUUCUAGAGCUAUAAAGGACUGCCUAGGUGUUACAGAACAGUUAGAGGUGUUGAUUUUGCAAAACAUCCCUUUAAGGAGUCGUGAUCUGAACUAUCUUUCGAAGGUAUUACACAACCUGGAGACAAAAAUUUCCUGCAGACCAACGGAGUAUUUUUGUGCUAAAUCUGCAUGUGCAUAAGCAUAUAGUGUUCUAGUUACCAUGGUUUUAAAUUCAAGGAGUAAGUCUGUUAAGUCUGUCAACCCUAUGUUGUUGCGGCCAUAGUGAGACAUGGGUGUUAAGGUUUCCUUCAAAUGUUCAACAGCAAAUCUUCAUUCAAACGAAUUUCCUGCAGCUGUUUAACAUAUUUCCUGCGAGCAGUGCUCGCGUGCUCGCCUAUUUUUUCCACCCCUGACGUUUUGUCUACUGUAUUCAGGGACUGUCAAGGAACAAGACCCUUAAACAUCUUUCAUUUGAAAAUUGUCAAAUUGGAGAUAAUGGAUUUGAAGGUAAACUUAAUUCUCAAAUACAAUGUAUGCAAGUGGCUGCGAGUAUACUCCUUUACUGCAUCGCCGUCGACAUCCCUCUAUGCAGUGAAUACAGUAAAUUAGGCCACAUAAAAAAUAUAGUUGGGUAGCGUCCUCGCGCACCCACAAAAAGGCCCCGCUCAGGAUUUUUUUAAAUUUUUUAUUUAAAAAAAAAACAAAUUUAUUGAUCAACGGGCUCUGAUAUAUGCAUAGUAUUUCUGUUGAGUGGAGUUGAUUGUGUUAAUAAAUUGCGUGCGAAAAUGACGGUAUGAAUCAUAUUUUGAAAUAUAUAAAAAAAUAUCUGUACUGCGCGAGAAAAUCCAGUUUCGGACCUAAAACCAAGGCGUUAAAAAUUAGUAUAAAUUUAAAAAACCCCGCCCGCCCACUUUUUGGCAAAAGCUAAGGACGCUAACCAACUCUUUUUUUAUGUGGCCUUAUAAUAAACAAUGCAUAAUUCUUUUUCUGGUCAGCCCGCGCAUCGUUUUCAACUGUGCACAUUUUUGGCAAAUGCGGUCCAUAAAUAUACCCUUACAAAUUGAAGUACUUCUCAAUGAUCAUUUGAUGUCAUUUUAUACUAGUUCUCAUUUAUUCUAUUUGAUGACAGUUUAAUAUUAUUAAAAGCAUAAAACACUAUACACUUUAUAGAAACCGGAGAAAUACUUCCUAUAUCUGCACAAUGCCCCUCCUUAACUCUUGAGAAAAGAAGGAAUUCAAAAAAGCCUCGUCGCCCCGUGAGUUCUGGAAAACUGACUGGCGCUGACCAGAAAUGUUUUUUAGCCGCCCAAUCACAUUUUAUUAAAUAUUUUAGUGAUCAGCUCUGCUAUCAGAAACUGUUACUCUUUACAAUCGUUAAAUCUAACUGGUUGCUGUCUGACAUGGCGUGGAGCAGAAAUGCUGGCAAAUUUAAUCAAGGUCUCUAUGAUAUAGGAAUUUAACCUGGAUUAGUUAUUGUUUGAUAUUUCAUUACUAUAUAUACACGAGUAAAAAUUGAGAAGAUCAACAACUUGUUGCAAGUUGAUAUCGACAGGCGUGAACAAGGUUGUGCGGCCCACUAUAUGAACAGUAUUGUCAACAUGUUGUUACAGCAUUGUUCAACUGUAACAACUUGGAACAACAUGGUUGACAACUUGUUCAUAGUUGGCCGCACAACAUUGUUCACGCCUUCGAUAUCAACUUGCAACAAUCUGUGUGUUUUUAGCCGUGUAAUAUAGUGAUUGAUCGAUCAUGUUUUUGGCUUCACCUUUUAUUUUAUGGCGAGCACGUCCUGCAUGCAGUAAUAUGUAUAACUCAGUGAUAAAAUUACAUAUUGAAUUGUCAUUAUUGCCAUAGCAUCAGCAGUUGCGUAACUUUUGUGAAAAUCUCGUGAAAAAUGUGAAAAAUUUCGUUUCUUUAUAUGUUGUUUUACAUAUUAAUAAGUCAAAUAAGAUGUUUUUUGUUUUUCAACAAGUAUAAUACUAAAUCGCAAAUGUUUCAUUUUUAAAAAACUGUAUCGAGCCACCUUAAACCCAUACAAAGGGACUCUUAAGUCUUAAAAUAGCCUCAUGUUUCUUGAGGUCCUCUUGCCAAUAUAAUUUAAGUUAGAAAAAACGAAAAAACAAUGUCAAUAUUUGUAAUUUGUCGAAGCUAAUGAUAUUAAAGUUGACCACCAUCUGUAUACCCUCGUGUAUACCCUCGCUGAAACCCACCAAGUCAUGAUUGUUACUGUAGCUGACAGGCCUGCAUAAUAUAGUGGACUGCGGGACCAUUGGUCCCAGAAAAUUUUUGAGGUUGGCAGAAAAUGAAACGAUCGUCAGUCGUUUGCUCGCAGUGAUUUCUCCUCAGCUCAGCUAGAAACCACUGCUAGCAGGGUAAAAUACGUCUAUUUUGGUUUCAAAUCUAAUGAAAUGGUGCAUAGAAUACACUGAACCUUGUUUAGUGAUGAUCAAAUUUAAACAAAGAUUCACAGUGUUUGCAUGCAGAAAAUAUUUUCGUUGGCUUUGUGGUCCCAGAAAAUAAAUAUUUUAUGCAGCCCUGCUGUAGCAAAACAAUCAGGCAAGAAUUCGUUUCUGGAGCUGAUCAAUUCAAUAUUAUUACACAAUAUUAUUUGUCGUUAGUAUCAAGCAACAAAGAAACAUAGUCUGGCCUGGCAAGACAGUCUACGUUAUCGUGUACCAGACUUAGAUAGGAUGUCGGGGUUACGAAGAAUCACUGUAUGUAAGAACAGUUUGCUGGGUGACAAAGGUGUCGAAGCACUUGCUGAGGCUCUUAAAGAUGAUCUGUGGCUCAAAGGUAAGUUAAAGUAG